AUGCCAACUUUAGACAAAACCUGGUUCAAGGCCGCCGCUGCCGACUUUGACCUCUCCACCAGCCAUGUCGGCCUCGAAUUCAUGUCGGCGACCCAGGAGGCAGUCUGUAGGCAGGACUCGGCAGGCAUAUACCGCUCGAGGCCCUCGUCGCCAUCUACCUGCUGUAGCGGGUGGGAGCGCUCCCGGUCGACCUCGAGUCCAUUGGCCGGGGUAGGCUUUGACAUGGGCCGAGUCGGCCCGACCUGGGUCGAGUCAAGUCGGCUUCCGGGUCGGGUCUGGGCCGACUCUUACCUAGCCCGAUAA